CUGACUGCGCGUCGGAAAACGGAAAAAAGAAAACAGCAAAGAAUAGAAAAAAACUGACCAAGAACGCGAACGGUUCGUUUUCCCGGAAAAUCGUGGAAGCCCAGAGUACCCGCGAGGCUGCGCAGCCAAGUGAACCGAUGCACUAGCCGCCAAGUGAAGUGCAAUUGCUAGAAAACACGCCUGGACAACAACAAAUUGAACGCAAAAUUAAAAUCGGCAACCGCGUGUUUUUUAAUUCCCUUUUUGUCGCGCUCCUACGUCUUUCCCCCAAAUGCAGGUGUGUGUGCGUGGAUUAAAUGAAUUGGAUAAGAACUUCAAUUAAGGCGCUGGAACUAAAACAAAAGUGAAAUUCCCACGUGCGUUUGAGUUAAAUUGUUGCUGUAGCUGCUUUUGCGUUUGUUUUGCUGGCGUAGUCGUUCUCCCUCGCUCUCACGCGCGAAUCUCAUUGCUGUCCCGCUCGCGAAAGACGUCGAUUUACCGUUGCCGGCAUUCGGUGAAUUUAGUAGUGCAAGUGAAACGUCAUUUACCGUUGGAUUAGGAUCUCCGUUACCCGGUACACCCACACAAAAACAUCAACAUGGUGCAGGCACUCGACUACGAUUGCGAGGUUCAGGGUCAGCAGGACAUUCCCCAGGCCAUUCAGCUGCUGGGUGAGAUGAAUAGCAAUGUAAAACAGGUCACAGAUCUUGUGGAAGGCAUGUUGCAGCGGGUGAAACGCGGGGAACUUACCACAGAAUAUGGAUUGAGUUUCCUUGAAGUAAAGUAUCACAUGCUGCUCGACUACUUGAUUAACCUGACCUAUGUGGUGCUCCGCAAAUGCUCUGGCGAGACCAUUGAGGGUGAUCCCUCCAUCGAAAGACUUAUCGAGAUACGCACAGUGCUGGAGAAGAUUCGACCCAUAGAUCACAAGCUACGCUAUCAGAUCGAUAAGCUGGUUAAGACAGCCACCACUGGAGUGUCGAGCAGUACAGAUCCCAUACUCUAUAAACCAAAUCCGGAUGAUAUGAUGAGCAGUGCGGCUGGAGCAGGCCGGGAUGGUGACCAUGACGAUGACGAUGAGGAUGAGGCGGAGGCAGGCAGCGACAGUGAUGAGGAUGAGGAUGAGGAGGACGAGGAUGGGGCAGGACCAGCGAAAAAGCCUCGAAAGGCAGCCACAGCUGGAAAAUCUGGAGUCUAUGUGCCGCCACGCAUUAAGCCUGUGUACUACGAUGGCGAUGAGCGUGAUGCGGACAAGGAGAAGAAGGCUCUAGAGCGGGCCAAGAAGCGGGCCAUCACUUCCUCCAUGCUGCAAGAUCUGAAGGAAGAGUACUUGGAUGCCCCCACAGAGAUAUCAUCUGGCUCCCGGGCUCAACAGAUUCUUUCCCAUGCGCAAAAGGAGAAGCAGGAGUACGAGGAGACCUAUUUGAUGCGUCUGCCGGUGACCAAGGCGGAGAAGCAUCGGCAACGCAAGCUGACCACGUUGGGCACACUUGGCGAUGAAAUUCUUGGGGAAAUCAGUCGGGAAUCCGCGAUGCGUGGUGAUGGCAGCAAAAAGCGUAAACUGGCCAAGAAGGGCAAGGGCAAGGGCAAGAAGCAGCGUGGUGGCAAAAAGCGAAAGUUCCAUUAAUCGCAAGCCACCACUAAAUAUAGUGACAAAAAGAUUUAGUUUACUAAAGGAAUACAUAACAACAUAAACACAAUAAUAUAUAUUCCUUAAGAU